UAUUCUGUGGUAAACAAUUUUGACAAUGAAAUGAAUUACAUUACAUGAAUUUUCUCAUAAGAAUGCAGUGAAAAAUAACGUUAUGUUUAGUUUACUUUUUGAGUUUGUUCAAUUUUUAUGUCUGCCUCCACAAAUUAUGUUGGCCCACUAUUUGACGUACAAUAAUUUGUGAUUUUGUCGGGAUUGUUUUAAGUCUUUUUAGCAAUAAUGGAAAAAGAUACCCCACAGCCAAGUGCUGGCGGUCAAUUGUUCGACACAGAAUCGUCAGAGCAAAAAGAAGCUAGAACUGAGGAACCCCAACCACCUUUAAGCCCAAACGCCUUAAAACUUGCGGCUGCGGACUGCCUAAAUAGCUGGAUCUAUUAUCUGCAAAUGCUCAACACAAUGUGCGCAGCUGGUCUGCGUUUAUCUCAAUCUUUAACGAACUUGUCGCAGCUGCAAAACUUAGUAGUAGCUCAACAGUGCCAAGCAAGUUGGGAAGAGUUGGUCAGGGGUACCGCCUACGCCAGCAACUCGGUUAAAACUCACAUCGCUGCCGCCAUGCAGGACAUGAGCAUCGGCGACACAUUCACCGAGGCGGACGCUCAAAGGCAGCUCGAACACAACCAACAAAUAAUAACCGAAAAUCUGCUCACAUUUAUCAAUUUGCAAUAUCAAUUUUCAAUUGCUGGUUGCGAAAGUUUCGGAUCAAUGGCGUUGUGUCCUUCUUGUCAAACUACCCCCGGAGGAGUGCAUAACUUUGAUUGCAACAUGGCCGCCGUCCAACAAUGUUUCAGUAAGCAAGAGAUUAGAUCCCAGAUGUCAAGCCCUCGGUUAGAAGAAACUCCUAGACAGCACAGCCCCAUCGGCGACAUCAGGGUUUCUUCCCCUUACCAAGAACCUGUCACAGGUCCCAGUCCCGUGCAUAGUUUUGGAGAGGCAACCAGAGGGCAGCCGGGUCAUUUGGAGACCCUUCGUGGACCGUUUCCCACGCCGGGCCCUUUACAUACCAUGAAACUGCCCUUUCCCGGCCGCACUCUUCGUUCUCCUCUCCAUUUCCCCUUGUUUCCGCUGAAUUGUCAAAGGAGAUGGUCAGAGGCCGCGGCGGAAGUCGGCGGAGUGUCGGCAGAGGGCGGUUCAGAGUCGACCAUGCGUCGCUGGUCGAUGCCAUGGGACACCGCCUGGAUAGGAGGCGGAGACGGGGGACUCUCUGGAAAUAAGCACGGUUUAAAUGUGCCCGGCACCAGCAAGCUGGUGGUGCCUGGCAACAGUUCGCAGGAGAGGAGCAGGAGUACUACGCCCGAAUCGGUUCCAUCUGCACCUGCCUUACCGCAACCGUCUUCCAGUGGCGUGCUUCCUAGCGGCGAGGGAUUGGCCGAGGCCAUACAAUUGCUCUCUUGCAGACCUGCGCGGUCAUCAAUUCCCACCACUUCGAUUCCAGGUCAUUCUUACAUACCGUUGUGGGCGGAGUCUCACGAGGAAAGGAUGCACAGAAGGAUGUUUCCUUCUCAAAGGGGUAAUUGGCAAUCCGUAGACGUCCCUCAUUCGGCGGUGACGUCGGUGACAGAACACUAUGACAUAUUUCCGGCCGGCAUUCCUCUGACGUCGAGGAAAAGCAGUUCUUCCACCGACUCCUCUUCGUGUCUCUCGAUCCACAGCAGGUCGACGGCCAGUUCGUCGGAAAGGGGAUCGACAAGUGAAGGCAGUGGUCCGGAUGCCAUUAGACUUCACACCAAUCUUUACUCCAUGUGGAGCGGUAGCGAGCACUUACCUUUCAUACAAUUACCUGAGAGCCAGGAGCCGCAGGAAGAUAGCGACAACGACGACCCGCCGACAGAGAAAAGUGGAAACUCCGGCUUUCCUAGACCGACAUAAAUGAUGACUGAGCUGGCGUAUUAUUGACUGGGUAGUUUUGAUGUUAGGUCUUAGAGGUUUAAAAAAUCGACUGAUUUACCAUGUACUGGUAUUUUUGUUUCCUGUUUAUUUAUUUCUUAGGUUAUGCGUAUGAGCAAUAACUGACAAACGCUCGUUUACACUUUAGUUAGUCUUGGUUGACACUAUCUCGGGUCAACAGUAUACCGGUGCUCACAAUCGCAAAUAUCGUAGAAAUUAAGCGAAAUUAACCCACUUCCGGCAGAGAGGUGUAAGUCGGAUUUUUUUAGUCACUUGACAUCCAGUCCACCUUCAAGAUUACACCUUGCACACGGGACAGUUCUACAUGACUGAAUUAAAGGAACUUAUUUUCAUGUACUGACCAACUGACCAAUCAGCGUUCUCUUUUUGAACUGUCAGUAGCUGAGCAGUCUUUUGUUUUUUUUUUUGAAACUUUGUGAUACUUCAAACAAAAAGUCUUUUCAUUAAAAGAAGAGUCGUACUUUCUUCAUUCUUAUUCAUUUUGAAAUAAUAAUAUACUAAUGUGUAGCAACCUUGAGGUCACCAAAACCGACUGGCACCAUCUAAAUCCAGACCUUGAAUUAUAACUAUCACCUUGGUGUAUCCGACUUAUACCACAGCCCAAGAAUAGGUGAAAGGACACCAAAAGCUGAAGUGGGCUAAUAUGUUUUUACCGUAAGCAGAGAUAGAAGAGGACUUAAAUGAAACCAGCACUACUCCCAUGUGCUGCUGUUGACAUAACUCGGUUUGUUUUUAGUGUUUCGAAUAAGACGCCAAAAGCUUUUUUUAAUGUCAUCUAAGUGUAUCUUCUCAUUUUUAUUGUGAUAUGUGGACCAAAUUAGAUAGGUCUUGUAUUCGUAAUUAAUGUAUGUUCGAGAAAUGCUCUCUUUU